ACGUAAAGGACCGAGAGUGGGGACGUAGCCCCACCCCCUCCCGUCUGCCUUUGUCUGCACCCCCUUGACGCAACAAUAGAGGCACGCGCACGCACCGUGGCCGUGCACAAGACAACAACGUUCGCGAAAAGCGAUGACGGCACGGCCCCCAAACCAUAGUGUUUGAUUGAAGGACUCGAAAGAAACGUUAGGAUGCGCGACUGGAGGCUCGACGGACGUGAUGUUCUAGCCGCCAUGACGGACUGCUGACCAUCAAAGCGAUCAUGCCGGUCCGGAGGGGUCACGUGGCGCCACAGAACACCUUUGUCGGAGUGCUCAUUCGCAAAUUCGAAGGACAAAACAAGAACUUCAUUAUCGCCAACGCGCGUAUGAAAGAUUGCGCCAUCAUCUACUGCAACGACGGCUUCUGCAAAAUGACCGGCUUCUCCCGGCCGGAUGUCAUGCAGAAACCGUGCACGUGUGACUUCCUGCACGGCCAGUUCACCAGCCGGCACGCCAUCGCCCAAGUGGCCCAGGCCCUGCUGGGCUCGGAGGAACGCAAGGUGGAGAUCACGUACCACCGCAAGGAUGGAUCCAAGUUCCUCUGUGUGACGCAUAUCAUCCCAAUGAAGAACGAGGAGGGCCUGGUCAUGAUGUUCAUCCUCAGCUUUGACUCCAUCCUGGAGAAGGGCAGUGGUGACUCGCUGGAGAAGCUAGACCGUGCCUCCCCAUCCAAAGCCGACCAGCGGAAAGGUAGAUUCUUCCAUUUCCGUUUCCCGGUCUUGACGCUUCUGGGCAUCGGAAAGCAGUCCCUGCCCCUGGAAGACCCCAACGCAGUGAUGGUGGACUCCCCUCGGCACAGCGAUAGCUCAGCGGCAACGCGCGACCACCAACUCCCAAACCCUCGCGAGAGAUACAGUCCCUCAUACGCCAACGACACUCGUUCCCUCAUUGCACAAAGUCAUCUUUCCAUACCAGUGUCUGACCCUUUGGAUCACUCAUCACCCAGAAUUCCUUUGGACGCAUUCAACACAGAUCAGGAUGUAGUCCAGACCCAUGAGAAGAACCAGGAGGACGCACUUGGCUGCACUCGGUCUGCAUCCAGAGAGAGCGUAUGUCGUAUUCGGAGAGCUUCUUCCCUACAUAACAUGGAUGGGUUUAGAGCCAACUCCAAGACAACAUUCAGGGAUCGGCAUGCCAGUGAAGACAAUGGCCGCAACAUCAAAGUGUCGCGCUCCUGGAUGGCUGGCGGGCCGCUCAGGCGGAUCAAAUCCAGUCUGCUGGGCUCUACCUCCGACUCCAACCUCAACAAGUACAGCACCAUCAACAGGAUUCCCCUCAUCACGCUCAACUUCACGGAAGCCGGCAACGAGAGGAAGUGCCCCUCUCCGCCGUCGUCGUCUGAGAAGACCAUCAUUGCGCCGAAGGUCAAAGACCGUACGCAUAACGUCACCGAUAAAGUCACGCAGGUUCUCUCGCUGGGCGCCGAUGUGCUGCCCGAGUACAAGCUCCAAACCCAGAGGAUCGACAAGUUCACCAUCCUGCACUACAGCCCCUUCAAAGCCGUGUGGGACUGGCUCAUCCUGCUGCUGGUCAUCUACACGGCCAUUUUUACGCCCUACUCCGCCGCCUUCCUCCUCAACGACAUCGAGGAGCAGAGGAGACAGGAAUGCGGUUACUCCUGCUCGCCUCUCAACGUGGUGGACCUGAUUGUGGACAUCAUGUUCAUCGUAGACAUCCUCAUCAACUUCAGGACCACGUACGUCAACAUCAACGAGGAGGUGGUGAGCCAACCGGGCAAGUUAGCCAUCCACUACUUUAAAGGCUGGUUCCUCAUCGACAUGGUGGCCGCCAUACCCUUUGACCUGCUCAUCUUUGGUGCCGGGUCAGACGAGACCACCACCCUGAUUGGCCUACUAAAGACGGCCCGCCUCCUGCGACUGGUACGAGUUGCACGCAAGCUGGACCGCUACUCCGAGUACGGCGCCGCCGUGCUGGUGCUGCUCAUGUGUAUCUUUGCCCUCAUCGCUCACUGGCUGGCGUGCAUCUGGUAUGCCAUCGGGAAUGUGGAGAAACCUUACUUGGAGCACAAGAUUGGCUGGCUGGACAACUUGGGCAUGUCCAUAGGGAAAGCGUACAACUACAGCGACCCGAGCUCAGGGCCGUCCAUCAAAGACAAGUAUGUCACUGCCCUCUACUUCACCUUCAGCAGUCUGACCAGUGUGGGCUUUGGCAAUAUCUCCCCCAACACCAACUCUGAGAAGAUCUUUUCCAUCUGUGUCAUGCUCAUUGGAUCUCUCAUGUACGCCAGCAUCUUCGGGAACGUGUCGGCCAUCAUCCAGAGGUUGUAUUCCGGCACGGCCCGCUACCACAUCCAGAUGCUCCGCGUCAAAGAGUUCAUCCGCUUCCACCAGAUCCCGAACCCGCUGAGGCAACGACUGGAGGAGUACUUUCAGCACGCCUGGACGUACACCAACGGCACCGACGUGAAUAUGGAGGUACAUGUGUACUACUUACCAACAAGGCUACUCCUUCAUGUCAUCUUCCACCGCAUACAAGUCCUGAAGGGCUUCCCCGAGUGCCUCCAGGCGGACAUCAGCCUCCACCUGAACAAGAACCUCCUGCAGGGCUGUAAGGCGUUCCAGGGCGCCUCCAAAGGUUGCCUUCGGGCGCUGGCUGUGAGGUUCAAGACCACGCACGCGCCCCCGGGAGACACGCUGGUCCACAGCGGGGACGUGCUGGACACGCUUUAUUUCAUCACCUGCGGCUCCAUCGAGAUCCUCAAAGACGACGUGGUGGUCGCCAUCUUGGGCAAGAACGACAUCUUUGGUGAGAUGAUCCGUGUGUGCGCCAAGGCCGGGAAAUCACGCGUUGACGUGCGAGUGCUGAGCUACUGCGACCUGCACACCAUCCGGCGGGACCAGGUCUUGGAGGUUCUGGACAUGUACCCGGAAUUUGCUGACCAUUUCCUCGCCAACCUGGAACUCACCUUUGACCUGCGCCAUGAAAAUGCCAAGACAUCAUCAUCAUCAUCACCACCACCACACGGGCAAGGUUCGUCUUCCACGGACGCCGUCGUGAGUCAGAGGAAGAGAGCCUCACGCAGGACGGAGUCUUUCACGAGCGGCCAACAGGAGGAGCCCACAGCCAGCCCCGGCGCCAAGGAGGAAGAGGCGGCGGGGGUGAGCAGGGAGGAGGAAGACGAGCAGAAUCCGUUGUGUUCCGGCGCGCUGGGCCACCCGCCGCUUUGGGACCGUCGCUCGGGCUUCGGGCUCGACAGCGCGCACAACCGCUCAAAAGACGAGUGGACGUACUCGGAGGACGAGUCUUCUCCGAGCCACGCCACGCCAGCUGGAAGGGACGAUGGCGACGCAGACCUCACCUACGGAGAGGUGGAGCAACGGCUGGACCGGCUGCAGCAGCACCUCAACAGGCUGGAGUCCCAGAUGACGACAGACAUCCAAGCCAUCCUCCAAAUCCUCCAGAGGCAAAGCGCCACCGGCCCUCCUUCCUACAGCACCGGCAGCUCCGGCAGCCCCGAGGACCAGAGGCCGACCCUCGGGGCCCUGGUAGACUAGACAGUUGACUGGCGUAGAAUCCCGGGCCUGCCUGAGAGACCUUCGCAUUCCUGCUCCACACUGAGAGUCUUCCAGAUGGUAACGUUGCCGGACGACCAAGACGACAAACUUGGAAAUGCUCGUUAGUUGUGUUGGUCUUCAGAUGGGGCAGGCAGCUUGGGGAUCAGACCUGUUUGUGAGCCUCCGCUGACAUUUGACUCAGGGUCUAAGAAGAUGAGUGAAUAUGCAAACUGAACUUUUCUCCAGCCCUUCCUGAUGUCCGUUUGGAUUUAUGAAGUGAAUUUCCUCCACAGUAUUUCUAUGUACUAGAUUUCACGUCAGCAUGUACUCUAUGUACAGUACGAAUAUGUCACGCCAUGUUUUUGCAGCACGUUCAUUUGUAAAGGAAAAGACGCCCUGUUAAUUUUGUAACUUUUGCAAAGAUAUUGAACACGAAUCCAUUUUUAAGAGGAAAAACAAACAAGAAAUAAAGGUUAACAUGAAUUAAAUUUG